AUGGACGGCAAAGGUAGACGGAAGAUGAUGAUCAAAGGAGAAGAUGGGGGAGAGGGAGGGAGGGAACGAGUGGCGAACAAGGGGUGGAACAAGCAGACGCCAAAGCGAGGAAAAAGAAGCAGAAAGCAUGGGAGAAGAGAUGAAAGGGGCAUGGAUCGGAGGGAGAGGGAGAGGAAGAGGAAGAGGGAGAAGAAGAGGGAGAAGGAGAAGCAGAAGGAGAGGCAGAAGGAGAAGGAGAAGAAGAGGGAGAAGGAGAAGCAGAAGGAGAGGCAGAAGGAGAAGGAGAGGCAAAAGGAGAAGGAGAGGCAAAAGGAGAAGGAGAAGGAGAAGGAGAAGGAGAGAGGGAGAGAGAGAAGGAGAUGA